AUACAUUCGGUGCAUUCCAUAUUAUCCAUAUUAUCACUGUUUUUGGUGCCUGUUUUUGCAAAAUAAGUCACCAUGGGCCCCAAGAAAGCUCCCAGUGCCAACCCUUCGAGACCAAGGGUGCUAAUGACUGUUGAAAUGAAGAAAGAGAUAAUUGCAAAGUACGAAAGUGGAGUGCGUGUGUAGGAGCUGGUCAGGUUGUAUAGUGAACCCCAAUCAACCAUCUCUACUAUAGUGAGCAAGAAAAUGGCAAUCAAGGAAGCUGUUCUUGCAAAAGGUGCAACUGUGAUUACGAAACAGCAACCGGAAGUGUUAGAAAAUGUUGAGAGACUGUUAUUGGUGUGGAUAAAUGAAAAACAGAUAGCAGGAGAUAGCAUCUCUCAAGCAAUCAUUUGUGAAAAGGCUAGGCAGUUGCAUGACGAUUUGGUAAAAAAAUUGCCUGCAACUAGUGGUGGUGUGAGUGAAUUUAAGGCCAGCAAAGGUUGGUUUGAAAGAUUUAAGAAUCGUAGUGGUAUACAUAGUGUGAUUAGGCAUGGUGAGGCUGCCAGUCCUAAUGGCAUUAAAAGAAGAAGGGAAGUAACCCCGGAAAAGGACUUGCUACCUCAAGUCCUAAUGGAGGGGGAUUCCCCUUCUAAAUGCUAACACCAUCCACACUCUCCCCUCCUCCCAUCCCAUCAAUCAUCACCAGAUCUUCAUUAAAGGUUCUGAUAGAAACGGAGGAUGGUGAGGUGCAGGAAUUUGAAAUCGUGGAGAGCAAAGAAAAGCUGGGCACACUGAGGAAGGCUGUGCCCACCCUGCCCGUGCCCCUGGCGGUGUUAUGCCUCAUUCUCAACCUCAUACCAGGCCUAGGAACGUUCGUGUCAGGUCUAGCUGUGCUGUGCGGGUACCCUACACACUAUGAGACCAAGAGUGAGGGUGUUUGCUGGAACAUGGUGGCUGCCUUCUUGCAGGUGCUGCUCACCCCUAUAGUAGUGGGAGUCAUCUGGUCCCUGCAGCGAGGCGUCAUACUCGUCCAGGAGUCAUUACAAAAGAAGAUUGACGAUCGGAAUGCAAAGGUGGAUGAAGAGGCGUAGGAUCCUGGCAUAAUUAUAGUGCCAGAACUCACUGAAGGACUCCACCGAGCACCUCACCCCACCAGACGACAUAUUAGGACUGUAGGACCCUGAUGUAUACUGCAGCACUAAAAUUUACUGAAGGGCGCCGAAGGACUCAUCAUUACGCUAUAGGAUAUAGGAAGAUCGUAAUAUUCUGUUCUCCAGUAUAAUGCCAGAGCACUGAAGGACGUCACAAGAUACCACACCAGUGAAGAUGGUAGGAUUGUAGGACACUGGUCUCCAUUACUUUGUCAGGAUUUACUGAAGUGCGCUCCAGCACCUCCAUUAUACCAGAGUAUAUCACCUAACGUUGCGGCAUGGAGGCCCUCAGAACACCAGGGGACACAGUGUAACUUAGCUAACACUGCUCCCUCCUUCCCUCACAGGAUGGGUAUAUGGCGCAUAAUAAUAUACAAUUAUUAGAGGACAUCACUGGAAAACUCCCCACUUCACAAGACAUCAUAACACGUCUUCAACACGGCACAGAGAAUCAGGACAGAGAUACGUAAAGACUUACCAGGAGAGGUUGCAAGACGCCAGGAGAUUCUGCACGACUCCAGCAGGAGCUAAGAGAUGCCAGUUAAUUCUACAGUACUCCAGCAGAUGCUGCUGUAUAGCCCUUGUGGUUUAGCGCUUCUUUUUUAUUAUAAUAAUCCAGCAGACACUACGAGAUACUAUGAGGUGCUAGGAGAGUCUACAAGACGAGCAGACACUACAAGGUACUGUGAGGUGCUAGGAGAUUCUACAAGACGCAGGGCUUUGCAUAAACAAUGUCUGAGCCUCGCUAUACACAGAAACUUGUAUCGUUCCCAGGUGCGAACUGUAUCCUAGAAGUGUCAUUGGUUCCCUUGGUAUCGGUCAGUAUCAAAGUCCCUUCACUAACUGCAACAGUUUCUCUCUUAAGAAUUCGUUCACGUUUCCCACUCUUUCUGCCACGUUUUUAAACGUCCAUGACGUAAGAUAAAAAAGCUUCUAGCUAUUUUUUUUCUUGACUUAUUCAUGACUAGUGGUAAACAGGUGAAAGUCAGCCUUAAUGACCUUCUUGCACUCGAUAAGCUUUAAACCUAGCAAACCAACGUACAUGUAACUAUUAUUUAAUAUUUGACCUCUGACAUUUUAAAAAUUUUGACUUGGAACGAAUUAACAUACACCAUGUGACCUAAGGCUAAAUGUUAUAUCUAAGACCCUCAUAAUCUCGACUUCACAAACUUAAUUAACUCUUAAACUUGUCUACCUUCUUUAUUUAAUUUCCGUCGUCAUUAUUAUAUUGAUGGGGGCAAGUGCUAAAAUUUUUGCUAUAAGCUAUGCGUACUAGGUAAUCAGUAUGCUGUAUUUUUUAGUAAAGCAUACAUAAUCUGGCAUCAUAUUGUAUGAGUAUAAUAAGAUUCUGUGUGUGAAUUUAAAUUCACUUGAUAUUGACACGAUUGAUCUAAUUAAUAUUUUAUUAUAAGUAGUAUAGCGUGUUCCUGAAAGGUAAGUAAAGCUUCUUGAAGUGUUAGCUGUAGUCUUGUAAGAAAUAUUACCAUAAUUUUUAUAUGGGUGGAGGGGUAAGCCAGUGGAAGGCCUCGGUCAGAUGACCAAAAGCUCCAGCUGUGGGUCAUCAUAUGACUAAGACCCGCGUCAGGAAACACACACUGACAAACCUUACCUAACCUUUAUAAGUUCCUCAAAAAUACAUACCCCCAGAGGCGUAUGCCUCUCUGUAUAUUGAUAUAUUGUUGUCUUUUUAAAAGAUUAAAGUAUUCUUGACUGGUGGUAAACAGGUAACGCACAGCCUUAAUUAAUGACCCUCGUGUACAUGAUACAUAGUGCGUGCGACCAGCAGGAACAGUCUGGUUGAUCAGACCUUGAUCUACCAGGAUGCAGACCAGCUUUACUACACAAACUUUGAUAAUCCACCUUUUAGCACUCCUCACGGCCCCUCCUAAAUUGACCCCUAUUGUCAUCUCCAUCCUUAUCCUUAGAUCCUGUAUCAGUUCCUACACACAAGCGCUGUAUGACCCUGGUGGGUUUAGCGCUUUUUUAUUAUAAUGAUAAUGCACAGACUAACACGACAGGAAAUCUUAUUUCAUGUUAUUCAGUGCUAAUCCCGAGACCUGGUGUGACCUGUGAGUAUAGCCCGAGACCUGAUAUGACCUGUGAGUAUGACUCGAGACCUGGAAUGACCUGUGACAUAACAUUUAAGCUUGACCUUAACCAUAAAAAUUAUUAUUUAUCUAGUGAAGUGAGUGUGUACUGCCACUUUGACUGACCUUCGACCUGUGACCUCAGAAGCUAAUCUGAGAAUUAACACAAAUAUCUGCAGUAUAAUAAGUGAUCUUAGACUUAAUAACGAACACUUCUUACCACUUAAAUAACAGUUUUCUUGAUAAAUUAGACACAUGUGCAACUCUUGGGUAUCUUUAUUGAGGAAACGUUUCGCCACACAGUGGCUUCAUCAGUCCAUACAUAGGAGAAACUUGAAGAACAGGAGGAUAAUGAGGUAAUCAGUCCCUCAACCUUGAGUCGAUGUGGUCAGUCCAUCAAUCUUAUAGCACUCGGGUACUAUUUUCUAUAUAUAUAUCGUAUAUACUUUUUUUUCCCUAUACUGAUUUUUUCAGAAUUCUCAAAAAAAAAAAAUUAAAUCUCGUUGCUAAUAUUAUUGUUGUUAUUAUUAGACUUAUUCUCAUUAUUUAUGAUCAUUUUGUGUAUUAAAGUGAAUUUACAUUGAAAUUAUUACGUUAGGUGGCCUCUUUGUACAUAAAAAUAUAUGUCCUUUUUGUACGUGAUCUGUAAAUUGCAACUUGUUGGGUUUGUUCAACUUUAGUUAGUUGUUUGUACGUAUAAAAUAUAUGUAAAUGGCAUAUUGAUGCCGAUAAAAUGUUCAGAGGCAUUUAUGUACAUUUAUGACCUUAAAGGAAACGUUUAGCCACGAGUGGCGAAACGUUUCCUUUUUAUGUCCUGAAUUGACUCACGAAAUCGUAAUGACACGAUUGCAAACAAGCCAUACCACGGGUGGGAUUUGAACCCGCGGUCAGAGAGUCACAAAACUCCAGACCGUCACGUUAGCCACUGAGCCAGCUAGCUUCAAUACACCUAGUUGGACGAAUCUUAUUGAAGCUAGCUGGCCCAGUGGCUAACGCGACGGUCUGGAGUUUUGCGACUCUGAUCGCGGGUUUAAAUCCCGCCCGUGGUAUGGUUUGUCCUGAACUGUCCGUACGUGGCUUUAUCUACUUAAAACUCUUAUGUCUAAAAAUUUGAGGGGAUCUAUGUAUUUAUAUAUUCAAAUUAUGUGUGUAUGUUUAAGAAUUUGUGGAAUUCUUUUUAUAUGAAAGACGUAUAUGUGGGUAUUUUACUUAUAGGAAUGUUAGAGAAGAAUUAUACUCGUACGUAGAAUUUUCUAUAGUGUCCCCAGACUUUCUGUAAUGAUACUUGUUGAUGAUCAAAAGGCACAAAAUAUUUGUGUAAUACAUAUUAGUAUUAUA